AUGCGGCAAACCGAGAAAGCCGGCCAUUUGUACGAGGGCAGGACCGUGGAAGGCCUGCAGGUGGAUGAGAAGGUCAACCCGUACGACACCCAUCCCUUCCAUGACUCCGCAGACCAGCACAAGCGCGGCCUCAAGACGAAGAGAUUCUUCGCCGUCGCGCUUUGCUCUGCACUCGGGCUGUCUGUCUUCUACCUCGGAGCGCAAAGCCCCCAUCUCCGCGCGUGCGGCACCGCUGCACGCGCGGGAGUGCAAGAGCACCUGUCGUCUCUCUCAUGGGGCGGCCACGCCGAGGCUAGCGCUGUGUGCCCGCAAACCACGGCAAUCGCCCCGCAGAAGAAUAGCCCGUUCCUGGAUGCCUUGGAGGCUGAGUUCGCUACGGACGCGUUCAAACUGAAGGCAUACGAAUCCCUCGGAGGAGCGAUCAGAGUUCCGACUGUCGCGUAUGACGACCUAAAGCCUCCAGGCCAGGACGAGCGCUGGGAGAUAUUUGGUGACUUGCACGCCUACCUUGAGCAGCACUUCCCGUUAUUGCACCAGAACCUCAAGAAGACACAUGUGAACAAAUACGCCCUAGUGUACCACUGGCAGGGAAGCGAUGACUCGCUCAAGCCUGCACUCCUGACGGCGCACCAAGAUGUUGUGCCUGUUGAACCUCUGACGAUCGACGUGUGGCAGCACCCACCCUUCUCCGGGUUUUAUGAUGGUGAAUAUAUCUGGGGUCGAGGCAGUUGCGACGACAAACCCGGCUUGAUCGGUACCUUGACGGCCGUCGAGGAGUUGUUGCGCAUAGGUUUCAAGCCUACGCGUUCGAUCGUGCUUGCAUAUGGCAUUGACGAAGAACGCGGUGGCAUUUCGGGCGCUACUGCUAUUCGUGACUACCUGCUGGGUGCGUACGGCGAAAAUGCAUUCUCGAUCCUCAUCGACGAAGGAGGCGGCUAUGAAGUCGGUGAAGACGCGAUCACGUCCUCCCCCGCUGUAGCGGAGAAGGGCAAGUUCGACGUUCGUUUCGAGAUCUCCGCACCGGGAGGCCAUUCUAGUGUUCCGCCUGAACACACCAGUAUUGGCAUGAUCGCCGCCGUGAUCAAGCAGCUUGAAGCGAACCCGCACGUCGCGCACCUCAACCGCUCUGGCAUCUACUACUCGCUCCUCCAGUGCCAGGCCGAGCACGACCCCGCCCUCCCCUCUCAUCUCCGCAAGCUCAUCACGCACUCGCGCAAAUCCGACAAGGCCCUGAGCGCGCUCGAGGCGGAGCUCGCACGCACGGACAGAAAGUUCCGCGCGCUCGCGGGCACGACACAGGCCGCGGACGUCGUGCGCGGCGGCGUGAAGACGAACGCGCUCCCGGAGCUCGCGUCCGUGAUCGUGAACCACCGCAUCGAUGUUCAUAGCUCCGUCGGGUUCCUCAAGGAGCGCAUCACCCGUGUCGUGUCGCCCGUUGCGGAGCGCUUUGGGCUGGAUGUGGACGCGUUUGGCGCGAAGACGACCGCGGCGAGCGCGAGCGCGGGGCUGCUACGGAUCUCUGACGCAUUUGGGACGGCGUUGGAGCCUGCGCCUGUCACGCCGCUAGGGGAUAGCGGACCGUUCCAGCUGCUGUCGGGGACGAUUAUUGGCGUGCUCGGAUCGUCCAACCGGACGGGCUACGACAAAAAGACUUUCAUUGCGCCGGGGAUGUCGACUGGAAACACAGCCGCCUGUCUCGCUUCAGACACGAAGCAUUACUGGAAGUUGACGAAGCACAUUUUCCGUUACGGCCACAUCAACGCUGGAGACUCGUUCAACGGAGCGCACACCGUCAACGAAGCUCUUCGUGCUGAAGGGUUCAUUGAGGCGAUUCGUUUCUUUACCUGGGUCAUCUUGAACGCGGACGAAUCUCCGCUGUUGGAGUGA